AAACAGUUCUAAGAAGAAUUCGAAAAUUACCAGUCUGAUUCCGAAAUCUGGUGCUAAAUCUGGCAAACAGCCUUCUCCGGGUUCGCAGAUACCUCCACCAUCAACUGGCAUUCCAAAACCGAAAGGAAAAAGUAGCAAAGAAGAAAAAGUCAAAGUGCCAUCAGCCGUGCGUGACCACAGCAAAGGAGGACACACACAACUACUGGCGCCUUCUUUAUCGAACAGACAGUCUUCGAAAAGUUCCCGCCAGAAUUUAAAUAUCCACCAACCUCCCCCACCACCACUACCAGAUGAAGGGCAACUAUCUCAACAGUUGCUCAGUAUACCAAGUGAUAAUGUUACAGCUAAAGACGGCUACGAUUCCCAUGUUUACCGAGACGGAGAUCUACCCUGUCUUGUAAAUUCUCCGACGAUCCGACAGGUAGCUGCAGUUCAAGGACAGAAUAUUCGUUGCCUCAGCCCCACAACCAUGGUAGGCAAAACAGGUAUCCCGGGCAAAUCCAACAGCCAUUACGUAGAAGUGACUGUGCCUGCAGUUGGUUAUGAGUCCGAACGAAGUAGUAGCCACAGACAUCAACAGAGCCGGGACAAAGACUUGAGUAGUGCCGAACGUAGCGAUGCUAUCUCCCAAAGUGUAAAUGUUGUCAAACCAACUCGUUCCCUUACACCAAAUUCUUUCCCACCAGUGGCUAAAGUCGAUGGAAACACUCAGACCAAUCUGUCUGCUCUACAGCGCCAGGCAAUUAAAAAGCUGGACACUGUCAAGGAAAACAGCCUUGUUGGAGAUGAUAACCAAAGUCAAGAGCAUCAUUCGAAUAGUCAUUGCCAAAACGAAGGUUAUCCUUCACACGCAAACAACUACGAGGAGUUAAUAGCAGCCGAAAAACCAACUCCGAGUUCUACCAAUUCUCCUCGUCUUGGAGUCAAAAUUCUUAGUUCACAGCUCGCGAAACCAGCGAAUAAUGUGGCGAUUGUUCAACCGAGACAUGGCGAAAAGAUCGAGACCACAUUUGACACAGAGGUGCGAACUGAGACUGUUUCUAAAUCUGGUAAAGAGACUCUGAUCUUGGAGAAAGACAAUAAGGAGACUACAUUUAUCGAUGAUGCUGGGGAGACGAUGGAUAUCAAACCUAUGCCCCCGAUCAUGAGAGCCAUGCCGUAUGGCUACUUCAGGGGUUAUGUUGGUACAUCGUCAAACAAAAACUUUCAUAUCCCGGGAAUAUCCGUACCGACUUCUCUGUACGCCGGAGGUGGCAGCGGCGGUGGUGGGAGUGGGUCGAGUCGGCUCAGUAUGAACCGGUCGUACAUGGACCAAGGGGGUUACUACAGCUCCGGUUCCAUUAAGAGAGCGAUGUCAUCGGGGGGUCAAAGCGCUCUAGAAAGCGACUACGCAUCCGAUUUGGAUACCUACGACUAUAUAUCCGGCUACGUAUCCGACGGAGAUAUACUGAGAAGCCAACGAUGUGACGAUAUGGGUAGUGGAUAUUUAAGCGAAGGAGGUGCAUCACUGUACGCUCGUCGGUUACAACAGCGAUUCCGUGAAGGAAUGCAAGCAGUUAAAGAAUGCAUGCAGAAAAGUAGCGGAAUUUUGGAUUACGACAGAAACAGUAAUGCUGCCUCCUGGAGUCCUAAGUCCAAUGCUACUUUCAGGCUGUCCCUUUAUCCUGAUUUCUACUUCCAUUGUCCAUCCUUUGAAAACACGGAACUUUCAAAAAGUGAUGGCUUUGAUGACAGUAGCUCAAUAAGCAGUGGGGAUAUAAGUGAUACCAUUGCUGAAAUAAGCACAGACGAGAAUCUAACUGGCGGUUCCAACUGUUCAGACAGCACCAACCCCUACAGCAGUUUGAAACGGACACCGAAAGAAGGUUCUCGUACUAUGGUCAAUGGUACUGUCCCACUGACUAGCAAGCGUUUUGGUAUACAUGGUCCUGGCAUUUUGUCUUCAGAUUACCAAAGUCCGAGCCACUUAGUUUCCAGCUGGAGAAAAUAUUCGCUGCCCCAAAAUAAAGGGUAUGGAGGGUCCGAUUCUGGUGAGAAUGCAUACGUGUACAGCAGCUUUGACCAUUCUCAUUGGCGGAAACCUGAUGGCUCCGUUGGGCCGUUAAGGAAACUGACCAGUGUCAGCCAUUCUGAUCUCGGCAUCAGUUUACAUACAAGUUCUAGUUUCUGCGACAGCGAUCGCUAUUCUACGAAGAGAGAUUCUGAGACAAACACUGACCAAUCGUGUCUGAUGGAUGCCAGCAUGAAAAAGGUCCACCAAAACGGUAUGAACAGUAGCAACAACGGGAACAAUAGUGGGAUGAAUGUUAAUAAUUACGGUUACAGACGACCGCUCAGCAACGCCAGCUCUUCGUCAGUGGGUAGCAACAAGAGUAACGGAUCGAAAGACUCAGUUCCUGGGAGAAUGGUAAAACAUGGAGACCGGUCUUCAGAUGGACGUAACGGAGGCUACGAAGUUCCAAUAACGUCGAUUCCUCGCCCUGGAAGCGCUCCGAAACCGAGUGGAAUGUCAAUGUCGGACGUGGGUCCCGACGCAUAUUCUAACUCGACCUUGGAAAGAAGGAAGAAAUCUGGAAACAACACCCCCAAGUCUACCACUUCUUCUCAGACUGAUUCUGAACUUUAUAAAUCGAAUACUUUAGGGAGGAAACUGCUGAGCAGUCGUAAUAGCAUGGGCAACAAAAACGGUGAAGGUUUGUGUAACAGCACAAUUAUAUCGAAUCCGCACGCCACCUAUAGCAAGCACGACUCUUCUGGCCGUCCGUAUACGACUCAUAACCCAUGUCACCAGAGUUAUUCCAAUUAUAUAUCUUUAGAUUAUUCCAGUCCGCGGCAUUCGGCUUCUGCAAACAAUCCAUGGUUGAAAAACAGCAAUGGAAACUUGAGUUCAGUUGGCGGCCACAGCCCUAUGCAAAUGUCUGAAACGGAAAGCAUGGAAUCUAUCUCUUCGACAGCUUCUAGCAUUCAGGCCCAGCUGCAGCAGGCCCGUGCAUUAAGCAGUGCCAGCUGUCGAAUUUUGGCUCAUCAAAUGGCACAAAAUCCGAACAUGGGUUUGCAUCGUUCGAACAGCAUCAGGUCGACGCAGUCUGAAUGUCUCUAUUCAAGCAAUCACCACACAAUCUCUGAAGAUCUGACACGCACAAAUUCAUAUUCACAAGUCAAUAGCCCUCACGAGCAGCCUUCUUCCCCCACACCAAGCAACAGCUCGCACUCAUCAUCUCGCUUCACCUAUCCCAUGACUGCUUACAAUCCCAGCAUGCUCAGCCAAAGCUACACUCAAAACAUGGUACGGUCCAACACUCAGUCGAGUAUGCCUUACAGCAGUCUUGCUUUGUCAAAGAUAAGCAAAGAAGAAGAUGCAAGUUUGCAUGGAUCUUCAUUGUCGCUAGUAUCGACCUCAUCAUCCAUUUAUUCUUCCGCUGAAGAGAAACAUAACCAAGAGAUCCGUAAACUACGGAGGGAGCUCGACUCUGCCCAAGACAAAGUCAGCACACUGACCACACAGCUGAGUACCAAUGCCCAUGUGGUGGCUGCUUUCGAGCAGAGUUUGUCAAAUAUGACAAAUAGACUUCAGCAAUUAACUGCUAGUGCAGAGCAGAAGUGGCCACAUCACCUCCCAAUGGAUUCGGAACUCAACGAAUUAAGAGCGACAAUUGAGGCCUUAAAGCGACAGAGCGGACUUAACAAUCCCGAUUCAACAAUCAGUCCGAAUAUUGGACGUAGACAUACUUCUCCUGCUGCUGGAGGAUCAGAAGCUCGUAUAAUUCGGCAAAUGUCCUCAGACAGCAUGUCCAGUAUCAACAGUUUGUCUAGUGCUUGCAGUGCUGCCAGCCAGCAGUCUGCUGCCACAGAUGGUGACAUCGGCAAGAAAAAGAACAAAAAGAAGGGCUGGCUGCGUAGUUCAUUCAGUAAAGCCUUCUCUCGCAAAAAGAAUAAACAUGGAUCUAUGUCAGACGUGGAACCAGAUACCACUAGUCUAAGAUCUAAUUGUUCUGCUCCAAAUUCUCCUCUUUUACAACUUUCACAUCUCAAUGGCCCUGGAUCUAUCAAGGGGUCA